UGUUGUUGUUUUUUUUUUUUUUUUUUUUCAUAUAUCUAUAUAUAUAUAUUUGUUUUUGGGUGGUUUGUCUUGUUGAGUACUUGGGCUUAAAAAACUGUAUUUAAUUGAAGAGAAAAUGCAGGAGAAGUAGAUAAAUUAAGAAAAGAAAAUCAGACUUUUUUUUUGUUGGGUGGGGCAAUGGAAAGUAUAGGAAAAGUGAGUCAAUGGGGUUGUGAGUUUUGGUCUUCUACGUCACAAAAGUUGAAGGGUUUCUUGAUAGUGAGAGUAAAUUUUCUUUGUGUUCAUGUACAUAUCGAAUUCGAUGAUGAAUUCCGAUCAUGUUAAGCAAAAUUGUUUGAUUCCGAAUUUGGCGUUGAUAUUAUGCAAUUUCUUGAUGUCAUUUUUUGUGAAAACCAUUUCUGAUUGAUUGGGCUGGCAGCUAGAGAAAGCUUCUUCUUACACCAGCCAAAAAAUUUAAUUUUGUCACAGUUUUGUUUCCCUUCCAAUUAAACUGGGUUGCCAUGUCUCUAUCCAAGGCUUCUCCAUCUGCUGAUAUCAGUCUGUAUUGUACCGAUAAGGAGCUCUUCAUGUCUUUGGAGAAAAUGAUGGCUGGAUCACCACUUCCGGACAAUGUGCUUCCACUAAAUCCUUAUGACAUUAAGCCAGAUAAUUUACCUGUUGACAUUUGGUUCUUCAAUCAACCUAAUGAGAACAAAGAUACAAGAAGUUCUGGACGCUGGAAGACCAAAGGGGAGGCCUGUGAAUUAUUUUCAAACUCUUCCUUCAUCGGUUGGAGAAGUACGCUCGAAUUCUAUGAAGGCCAAGCUCCUCAUGAGCAUAAAACGGACUGGGUAAUGCAAGAAUACUGGAUAACUCUGAGGUUGUCUGAAGACGUCAGUGCAAUGGGACCUUGCUCACUUUGCAGAGUCUUUCUUGUUCAAAAUGCCGACACAGCCAGUCACUCAACAGAGUCAGUUGUUCAAAAUGCUGAAAAUUAUGUUGGACAAAGUUCUUCUAGCAGGCAGCAGGUGAACAAGACGGGAAAUUUAUCAGUUAGAGAAAGAAUUCCUGUGGAAAAUGCCCCUGAGAUCGAUUAUGUUUCCAGAGGUGACUACAUGGAAUUGCUGGAUCUUGACACUCCAGUGUCACCUUCUUCAAGUUCGGAUUCGAGUUGUGUGACAAUGUCAUCGAAUGAAUGCUUUGAUUCGCUGGCAUUGUUGCAAGACCUAGAGCCUGAAACUAACAAUGAACCGGUGCAAAAAGAUGCAGGUUGCAAGUUCAAUAUCGCUGCAUCUAUAAAACCAACUGAGGUGGUCAUAUGUCCAGCCUUUUCAGGAACUCUUGACAAGUCACCAAAUGAACAAGUUCCCGGGACUGAUAGAUCUACACCUGGUUCAGCACUUUUGAGCCAAAUCUCAGAUAAAAAUAAUUUGAAGAAUCCAAGCGGAAAUCAGAAACCAGAUUUCAGGAAUGAAGGUACAUCAUCGAAUUCUGAAAGGCUAGCUGCAACAUGCAGCAGCUAUAUGGCAGCACCAAGAGAAGAAAAGAAACCGUCCAUUGCCAGAAAGGGAAGUCUUAAGAAGUACUGCUGCUGCCUGCCAUUUUAGAUCCUCUUUUAAUUAAGUUUACAAAGUGUAGUAUUUGUGCGUUAAUAAUUUGUCGUAGGAAGUAGAUUUGGUAACUGGCUUUAUUCUGGCCCAUACAUAUUAUUGUUGAGUAAACUAGUAGAAGUCAGAUACUAGGUGAUAAUAUUAUAGAAAGAAAUAGGAAACUGUAGUGUGAUGAAGAAAAUGAAAAAGAAAUAGGAAACUAUAGUGUGAUGAAGAAAAUGUAGGAGAUGGAUUACUCUGUUCUUGAUUGUAAGGUUAAAAACAUUUAGGCGUGGUCAACUGUAUUUAUGGAUGAAAGGGGUUGGUUUUUUUA